CCAUCAUCAUCACCAUCGACACAAUCACCACCAACACCACCACCAUCACCACUAUCACCACCCAUCAGCACCAUCACCACCAUCACCACCACCACAACCAACAUCACCGACAAAAUCACCAUCAUCAUCAUCACCACUAUCACCAUCACCACCUUCAUCACAACCUCAUCAGCACCAUCACCACCACAACUACCACCAUCAACACCGUCAUCACCAGAAGCACCAUUAUCAUCAUCAUCACGAACAUCACCACCCUCAUCACCGUUAUCACAAUCACCACAAUCAUCAUCACCACCAUUAUCAUCAUCGCCAUCACCACCACUACCACUAUCACCAACAUCAUCAAAACCACCAUCACCACCCUAA